GCGCACCACCACCGGCACCGCCACCGGCGGCGCAGGGAGCGCUCCGAGUCCGCGGGCGGCGCGGCCAAGGCCCGCCUGCAGCCCAACGCGGCCAGCACCGCCGCGGCGCCGGCCCCGCACGGCUACCCGCAGCAGACCCCGCCGCCAGGUCAGCUCCACGCGCCCUAUCAGAACCCGUACCCGCAGCCCCAGCAGCAGCCGCAGGGGCCGCCCGGUCAGUUCGCGUCCCCUGGGGACCCGCCGCGGCCGCAG